UUUCCAAGUGAGUAUUCCUUACUAAAGACUCCGACCGUGUGAAGUUUUGCAAACUAAGUAUAGGAUUAUCUAUUGCAGAAAGUGAAAUUCUUAAGGAGCCUUUACCAAAAGUCUUAAGGAGGCUGUACUUGCUGAGGAAAGGACCCUAAUUCUGACUCUGACAAUCUCAGGAAAAAGAACAAACGAAUGAACAAGUGCCCGUGACCCCUCAGAUUCCCCUGGAAAAUGGUGUUCCAGAAGUCGCCCGACGGCGGGUGGGGCUGGGUGAUAGUCCUCGGCUCCUUUUUCACCCAGUUCUUGUGCUACGGGUCGCCCUUAGCCGUCGGGGUGCUGUACGUGGAAUGGCUGGAUCUGUUUGGAGAAGGAAAAGGGAAGACGGCGUGGGUCGGAUCCCUGGCGAGUGGAGUUGGACUGCUUGCAAGUCCCGUCUGCAGCACCUGCGUCUCUGCUUUCGGGGCACGGCCGGUCACCAUCUUCAGCAGCUUUAUGGUUGCAGGAGGCCUCAUGAUGAGCAGCUUUGCGCCCAGCAUCUACUUCCUGUUUUGCUCCUAUGGAAUUAUUGUUGGACUCGGAUGUGGCUUACUGUACACAGCCACGGUCACGAUCACGUGCCAGUAUUUUGACAAACGCAGAGGCCUCGCACUUGGUCUGAUUUCCACAGGGUCGAGCGUGGGCCUUUUCAUAUACGCUGCGUUACAGAAAGAGCUGAUUGAACUGUACGGGCUGGAUGGCUGCCUGCUGAUCAUUGGCGCACUCUCCCUAAACAUACUAGCCUGUGGCAGCCUGAUGAGGCCUUUGCCGGUGGCCCAGGCGCCCGCUCUCGAGAAGGUUCCAGAUCAAUACCUCAUUUAUAAUGAGAAAGAAAAGCCCGCUUACGAGGAACACAUCACCAUACUCGAAAGGGCCCGGGGAGAAGGCAGCGAGGGGCCGGGCAGCGACCGCAAAGCGGGCGGCCUCGCGGUCCACGGCCGACUGCCCUCAGCUUCGCCCAGAGAGGCCGACAGCUACCGAAAGAAGGUCGCAGAACAAACGUAUCUCUGCAAACAGCUUGCCAAGAAGAAAUGGGACCGGUAUUUAAAUUACUGGGAGGAGACAUUGGGCCUUUUUAAAAACAAAGUCUUUUCCGCCCUUUUUAUCGCCAUCUUCCUCUUUGACAUUGGCGGCUUCCCUCCUUCGUUACUCAUGGAGGACGUUGCGAGGAGCUCCAAUAUCGCUGAGGAAGACUGUGUCGUCCCUCUGAUUUCAAUCAUCGGCAUUAUGACGGCCAUCGGGAAGCUGGCCCUGGGCGUCCUGGCAGACGUGGACUGCAUUAACGCUCUGUACCUCUACAUCCUGACGCUAAUCCUGACGGCCGUGGCGCUGGUGUUAAUUCCCUUCGCACAGAGCUACGGAACCCUGGCGAUCCUUUCCGGGGUUUUAGGUUUCCUGGCGGGAAACUGGUCGAUUUUUCCCUAUGUCACAACCAAGACGGUGGGGAUCGAGAAAUUGACCCACGCCUAUGGCAUAUUGAUGUUUUUCGCUGGACUUGGAAAUAGUCUUGGACCACCAAUUGUAGGUUGGUUUUACGACUGGACCACGUCUUACGAACUAGCUUUUUACUUCAGUGGGCUGUGCGUGCUCUUCGGAGGCCUCCUUCUCUCGCUGGCCACGCUGCCGUGCUGGCACGGAACAAGCGCUGGCUGCCAACCCAGACCCCACCUCCAAACCUUUACUCCUGCCAAGCUGCCUCCAGAGCGUAAAUGACAGUAUGGAGUAGUUGCUGCUGUUUUCAUACUGGUUCUUUUAGCAAUUUUUCCGUAUAUUUAUAAAGUUUUUUAAAAAAAACUUUUAUACUUCUUUGAAAUGCUUGUACCUUUGACCCAAAGUACCAGGUUCUGGCCCUAGCAGUGAAGUCCCAUCAACCCAGCGGGGCCUUCUGCUUUGCCGUUGCCGAUAAUUAGAAAAGUGCUGCUCGUGCCUAAGGACUACACUGCCGGAUUGCAGCCGACCACAGACUUUUAAGACCCUGCUGCUUAAGUGAAACUUCCUGUCAAAGAGCUUCCCAGGUCACUUCACUGUUCAGGGGACUGGGGCGUGCAGUGGAAAGCUGUGGCAAGUGUGCAAAGCGGUUGGAUCUGGAGCCAGUGCAUUCAGUCUCCUGUGACUUCCUUCUCUCACUCAGACUGUAUUCUGUUACAGUUUGCUAAGCAUUUUCUGGUGCAGCGAAUGUAUUUUAUACACAUUUUCACAUAACCCUUGUGCUUAAUUUUGGCCAAGUUGGUACUUGCUUCUCUCUUCAGGUGGCGAGAGGCUUUCAAGACGAGCGGCUCCAUCAGCCGGAACGUCGUGACUCGGAUUGAAGGCCCUCCUCUGUCUGAGGAAUCUGGUGGGUUGCCAAAAGGCAGAUUUGGAUCUCAUGAUCUACGAAGUAAACAGCAUGGCAAGAAUUUAGCAUUUAAUGUCAAUGAAGAUGUUGGAUUGCAAAAAUGUUACUGCAUCUUCCAUCAGGAGCUGUUAAACAUUAUUCAACUGAAAUCUAUAAAACCAAGGAAUAAAUACAAUUUAUUAAAGAAACCACCAACCAUAGGACCGAAAUAC